UCCAUUCACACCCCCGGAUCUCUCUUCGAUUCCACACAUGGACGAUGAGUUGACACAACUCGGCGAGCGCUUUCAUAAUGACGAGGAGUUGAGUCAGAGGCAGGAAGCAGAGUUGGGGCCUUACAUCAUUGGCAGCCCAAUCAAUCUUGGAAACAUUGACAACGUUGACAGUCGUAUUAAGCUCAGGCUCGGAUCUCUCCGCAGGGCAUCCACCAGAAGCAAGAACCAGCAGCAGCAUAUUGAGCUCCAGGAGAUGAUGAUCAAUCGAUUGUCCAGUGAAAAUAUUGCAGGAACGGGAAGAACAGAAAAUGGCGGUUCAUCGGGGGAGCAGUCUGGUGGACACUCGGGCGAUCCUCCGGAUGUGCGGAUCAUUUUUGUCAAUGCGCCACAUCAGCCGGCCACCUACAAAAAUAAUCACAUCUCUACAGCCAAGUAUUCCCUACUUUCCUUUAUACCGUCCUUUCUCUUUGAACAGUUUCGGAGAUAUAGCAACUGCUUUUUUCUAUUCAUCGCGCUUAUGCAGCAAAUUCCUGAUGUUUCACCCACGGGACGUUAUACGACGCUCGUUCCACUUAUUUUCAUUCUUAGCGUAUCUGCUCUCAAAGAAAUUGUCGAAGAUAUUAAAAGGCAUAAAGCAGACGAUGAAAUAAAUAUGCGUGAAGUAGAGGUUCUCAGAGAUGGUCGGUGGCAAUGGUUUCAAUGGAGGCAUGUUACUGUUGGUGACGUUGUGAAGAUACACAAUAACAAUUUUUUCCCCGCCGAUCUAAUACUAUUGUCAUCAUCAGAACCUCAAUCAAUGUCUUUUAUUGAAACUGCAAAUCUUGAUGGCGAAACGAAUUUGAAGGUCAGGCAAGCACAUUCGGAAACAACCAAUCUUCUUGAUACAGUUGAGUUGAUGAAUUUUCGUGCCAACAUUCAGUGUGAACCACCUAAUCGACAUCUUUAUGAGUUUAAUGGGAUUCUACGAGAAACGAAUAAACGGAGUGUACCACUGGGUCCGGACCAGCUAUUACUUCGGGGUGCGAUGCUGCGUAACACCCGUUGGAUUUUUGGUGUGGUGAUCUAUACCGGGCAUGACACCAAACUCAUGCAAAACAACACGAGCACGGCGCCGCUUAAGCGUUCCACCCUCGAUCGCCUCAUCAAUACUCAAAUACUAAUGCUCUUCUUUAUACUGCUUAUGCUAUGUCUUCUUUCGGCGAUCUUCAACAUACUCUGGACAAAUGCUCAUCACGUCGGACUGUGGUAUCUUGGCUUAGAUAAUGCACAGACGAAGAAUUUCGCCUUCAACCUGCUGACUUUCAUCAUUCUCUUCAAUAACUUGAUCCCGAUUUCGCUGCAGGUAACCCUUGAAGUUGUGCGCUUCGUGCAGGCGAUUUUCAUCAAUAUGGACAUCGAGUUAUAUCACGCUGAAACAGACACUCCAGCAAUGGCACGUACUAGUAAUCUCAAUGAGGAACUCGGUAUGGUCAGCUACGUAUUUACCGAUAAGACUGGCACACUCACAAGAAACGUUAUGGAAUUUAAACGAUGCUCUAUAGCUGGAAAGAUCUACGAUUUACCAGUUCCAUCAACUUCUGAUAAUGAUGAAAUAAUCAGUGAGUUAGUUCAAAAUAUACUGCAGGAUCGUGUAAAAAAUUCAUCUCAAGCUAUAAGUAGUAAACGGAUGUAUAAUGCUGCUAUUCUACAUGAAUUUAUGGUAAUGUUGUCUGUCUGUCACACUGUCAUUCCAGAAAAAAAUGACAACAAUAUUAUUUAUCAUGCUGCCUCACCUGAUGAACGUGCGCUAGUAGAUGGUGCGAAGAAAUUCGGCUAUGUGUUCGAUAUACGGACGCCACACUUUGUUGAGGUUGUUGCAUUAGGUGAGCGCGAGCGUUACGAAAUUCUUAAUGUGAUUGAAUUCACAUCGACACGCAAGCGGAUGUCAGUUAUUGUGCGUACACCUAGUGGUGAAAUAAAGAUAUUCUGCAAAGGUGCGGAUUCGGUUAUUUACGAGCGCCUCAUGGCUAAAGAAAUUGACGAGGAAGCAGCGGUCAUUAAUGUGCAACAAUCAGAAUAUGAGGAUUUCCGAGAGUUGACGCUACAGCACCUGCAAGCCUUUGCCACCGAGGGGCUCAGGACGUUAUGUUUUGCAUCUGCCAAUAUUUCGGAAAAUCAGUACAACUCAUGGAAGGAUAUUUAUAAUACAGCUCUUACAAAUUUGUCAAAUCGCGAAGAGAAGUGUGAAGAAGCUGCAAACCUUAUCGAAACGAAAUUAACACUUUUAGGGGCUACAGCUAUUGAAGACCAACUACAAGAUAAGGUUCCUGAAACGAUAGAAUCUCUUAUUCAGGCAGAUAUCAAUGUUUGGGUAUUGACAGGUGACAAGCAAGAGACAGCCAUAAAUAUUGGUUAUUCAUGCAGACUGAUUACGCAUCCUAUGCCUUUAAUUAUAAUUAAUGAAGGCUGCUUGGAUAAAACAAGAGAAGUUAUUAUCCAACACUGUCUAGAUUUUGGACAAGAAUUGAGGUGCCAAAAUGAUGUUGGGCUUAUCAUUGAUGGAAAUAGUUUAAAAUACGCUUUGUCUUGCGAUCUCAGAAGAGACUUUUUAGAUUUAUGCACAUCGUGUAAAGUCGUUAUUUGUUGUAGAGUGUCACCAAUGCAAAAGGCAGAGGUAGUUGAUUUAGUAACAAGUAAUACCAGAGCAGUGACUUUAGCAAUUGGAGAUGGUGCAAAUGAUGUAGCUAUGAUUCAAAAGGCACACAUUGGUGUUGGUAUUUCUGGUGUUGAAGGCUUACAAGCUGCCUGUGCUUCUGAUUAUUCUAUAGCUCAGUUUCGAUUUCUUAAACGUUUACUUUUUGUACACGGCUCUUGGAAUUACAGUAGGAUGUGCAAACUCAUUUUAUAUUCAUUUUAUAAAAAUAUAUGUUUGUACGUCAUUGAAUUAUGGUUCGCUAUUUACUCCGGCUGGUCCGGGCAGAUUCUCUUUGAGAGAUGGUCCAUCGGUUUAUAUAACGUGGUAUUUACCGCAGCGCCCCCAUUAGCGAUAGGUCUUUUUGAUAAAGUUUGUUCAGCAGAAACGCAUUUAGCGCAUCCCAGUUUGUAUGCGGCGAAAAAUGCAGCUGAAUCUACAUUUAAUAUUAAGGUAUUUUGGAUCUGGAUAUUCAAUGCUCUUCUUCAUUCUGCACUCUUAUACUGGCUGUCACUAUUAGCACUAAAACAGGAUGUAAUUUGGGAAAACGGUCGUGAUGGCGGCUAUCUUGUUCUAGGAAAUUUAGUUUAUACUUAUGUAAUAGUGACAGUAUGUGGUAAAGCAGGUUUAAUAACUAAUUCAUGGACAUGGGUAACUCAUUUAGCAACUUGGGGAUCUAUUAUACUUUGGUUCAUAUUUAUAUUAACUUACAGCAACUUUUGGCCAAUCUUAAAUGUUGGAGCAGUGAUGCUUGGUAAUGAUCGAAUGCUGUUCUCAUCUCCAGUUUUUUGGUUAGGACUUGUUCUCAUACCAACAGCAGUUUUACUAUUAGACGUUACAGUGAAAGCUUUGAAAAAUACUGUAUGGAAAUCACUAACAGAGGCGGCUAGAGAGCAAGAAAUCCGAAAAUCUGAUCCUGGUGACAUUUUUCACGUUCAAGAUUACAGAAGCUCCUCCAUGCAUGCCAUCGCCGCUAUAGCGAAUUAUGGUUUCGCAUUUUCCCAAGAGGAGGGAGGUACAGUUUCGCAGACAGACGUGAUCAGAGCUUACAACACGAAUCUACCGAAGCCUGGUGGCAUGUGAAUAUGAGUGCAGGUGAUUGGUGUAGAGGUAAACUCAGCAGCAUUGGUCUGUCCUCGUCGACUGUAAACUCGCAGAUCGCCGGCUGAA